AUGCUGUUCACAGCCAUUCGACAUGGUGCUCGUCGCCAGGCGCUCAAUGCCACUCGCUCUUUCAGUUCAUCAACAAACAAACUCGCUGCUGCCGAGGUUAAGAAGCUUGGUGUCAUUGGAGCAGGGCAAAUGGGCCUUGGUAUUGCUUUAGUAGCCGCUCAGAAGGCAGAGGUUCCUGUUGUCUUGAUCGACAAUUCAGAGGCUGGUUUACAGAAGGGUCUCAAAUUCGCGGAUAAACUCCUCGAAAAAGACAUCGCCAAAGAACGCAUCACUCGCGAGACCGCAGAUCUCGUCCGCAGCCGCCUCACUCCCAGCACCAAGCUCUCCGACCUCUCCGAUGUCGACUUCGUAAUUGAGGCCGUCCCCGAAAUCCUCGACCUCAAGACCUCCAUCUUUUCGCAGCUUGCCCAAAUAGCGCCCAAACAUGCCAUCCUCGCCACAAACACAUCAUCGAUACCCAUCACCAAAAUCGCCGCAGCAACAACCAAAGAUGCCACAGACCUCCAAGCUCCAUCCCGUGUCGUAUCUACGCACUUCAUGAACCCGGUCCCAGUCCAAAAGGGCGUCGAAAUCAUCUCUGGGCUGCAGACAUCCCCCCAGACUCUCGAAACGGCACUCGAAUUCGUUAAGCGUAUGGGCAAAAUCCCCGCCGUCUCUGCCGACACACCUGGCUUCCUUGCCAAUCGCAUCCUUAUGCCAUACAUCAACGAAGCCAUUAUCUGCUUGGAAACCGGCGUGGGCCACAAAGAGGAUAUCGAUAGUAUCAUGAAGUACGGCACAAAUGUGCCUAUGGGUCCAUUGACGCUCGCUGAUUUUAUUGGUCUUGAUACUUGUCUUGCUAUUAUGAAUGUCCUUCAUACUGAGACGGGAGAUAGCAAGUACCGCCCGUCCGUGCUAUUGAAGAAGAUGGUCGAUGCGGGUUGGUUGGGUAAGAAGAGCGGUAAAGGAUUUUAUGAUUAUUGA